GGGGGAAGUCAUUUUGAUUCUGCGCUCCAUAUCCACGCUAUGACAGCAUACGCUUGACUAGAGCCAAAAUGGCGUCAGUUUCCCCGAUUCUAGUUGCAACUCCCUUCUUUCCCAUUCCAUCGGUUAAUAAUGGCGUCCCACAGUACAGGGGGCAGGGUGUCUUGCGGGAGAGAUUUGAAUUGUGUGCCCGAGGUUGCUGACACACUUGCAGCGGUCGCUAAACUUGGGUUUGACUUCUUGUGCAUGCCCCUCUUCCACCCGAGGUUCAGGAGGGAGUUUGAGUUGGAUCCCGCCAAAGUCCGAUCUGGAGCACAUACACGCUCAGACCUGCUACUUUGUGGGCGAGACUGGAACACUCUGGUUGUUGGAAAGCUUUCUCCGUGGAUCGAGACAGACUCAGAGGUGGAGACGGAGCGCAGGAAUUCAGAAGCGGCUCUGGUCCAGGAGCUGAACUUCUCAGCGUAUCUGGGUCUGCCAGCCUUUAUGAUCCCUCUGAAGGGCCCUCACUGUGCCAACCUGGCCCGCGUGCUGCUCAACCACAUCCAGACUGGACACCACUCCUGCAUGUUCUGGAUCCGGGUCCCCCUGAUUUCCUCUGAUGAUAUGCGUGAUGACAUCAUCGAGAAUGAGCAAACGAAACACACAGAUGAUGGCAGUAAUGACGAGAAGACCUGGGCCUGGUGGCAUUCAUUCAGAACUCUUUGUGACUACAACAAGAGAAUCUGUUUAGCCAUUGAGGUUGGAGCAAACAUGCCCACCAACGCUGUGAUCGACAAGUGGCUUGGAGAGCCAAUUAAAGCAGCUAUUCUUCCCACCAGGAUCUUUCUGACCAAUAAAAAAGGGUUCCCAGUCCUUUCAAAAGCCCACCAGCAAAUCAUCUUCCGUCUAUUCAAGCUUGAUGCCCAGUUCAUCUUCACUGGCACCAGUCGUCACAGUGAGAAGGACUUCCGCUCUUACUUGCAGUACCUUGAAUACCUCAACCAGAACCGCCCUGCCCCCAAUGCCUAUGAACUGUUCGCCAAGGGUUACGAGGAUUACCUACAGUCUCCUCUUCAGCCUCUUAUGGACAAUCUGGAGUCUCAGACAUAUGAAGUGUUUGAGAAGGAUCCCAUCAAAUACUCCCAGUACCAGCAGGCUGUGUAUAAGUGUUUAAUGGACAGAGUCCCAGAGGAGCAGAAGGAGACCAAUACACAGGUGUUGAUGGUGCUGGGUGCUGGGAGAGGUCCUUUGGUCAAUGCCUCCCUGCGGGCCGCCAAGCAGGCUGACAGAAAGCUCCGUAUCUACGCCGUGGAGAAGAACCCCAACGCUGUCGUAACGCUUGAGAACUGGAAGUUUGAGGAGUGGGGCGAUCAGGUGACCGUAGUGUCAUGUGACAUGAGGGAGUGGGCGGCGCCUGAGAAGGCGGACAUCAUCGUCAGCGAGCUGCUCGGGUCCUUCGGGGACAAUGAGCUGUCCCCAGAGUGUUUAGAUGGAGCACAGAACUUUCUCAAAGAUGGCGGGGUGAGCAUCCCCUGUUCCUACACCUCCUUCCUGGCCCCCCUCUCUUCCUCCAAGCUGUAUAACGAGGUCCGGGGGUGCAGGGAGCGGGACAAGGACCCUGAGUGCCACUUUGAGACCCCUUACGUAGUCCGACUCCACAACUUCCACCAGCUGGCAGAGCCCAAGGCCUGCUUCACCUUCAUUCACCCUACCACAGAUAUGAACAACAACCGGUAUCAGUGCCUCAGAUUCUCUGUGGGGUGUAACACAGUGCUGCAUGGCUUUGCUGGAUACUUUGAGACCACACUCUACGGAGAUGUCACACUCAGUAUCAAGCCAGAGACCCACUCUCCUGGAAUGUUCUCCUGGUUCCCCAUCCUCUUCCCUCUCAAACAACCGAUCCCUGUGACGAAGGAUGAUGACGUCGUGGUGAGGUUCUGGAGGUGUAACAAUGGGAAGAAGGUGUGGUACGAAUGGGCCGUGACAGAGCCCUCAUGCUCCGCUAUCCACAACCCAGCAGGACGAUCCUACACCAUCGGCCUGUGAAGAUGUCACACCCACAUACACACACAUGCAUACAGACGCAAUUAAACAGGCACUUAGUUGCAAAUGAAGUUGAGGUAGUCUUGCUCAAAAGGUCUAGCAUUUUACCUAUUCACCUGUAAUCAUGAGCCUGCUCAUACCAUGAAACCUACAGACCGGGGCCAAAUUGAAGGUUUAGAAACCUACAGACCGGGGCCAAAUUGAAGGUUUAGAAACCUACAGACCGGGGCCAAAUUGAAGGUUUAGAAACCUACAGACCUGGGUCACGGUGAGGCUUUAGAGCUGGGAAUAAGAACCCAAUCAAUGGUUUUGAUGGGGACCGAUUUUGAGGCUGUUAAUUUACAGUAUAGUUAGGAGUCAGUUUCAGGCAUGGACUAUCAUCCACAUACAUUCCCAUACCUAUUGAGUUUAAGUUACUUAUUUUGCCGGCAGUCAAGAGAUCCCCAAUGGCAGUAUUCAGACAGGCAGCUGAAUUUUGAUAUUUUUUUCACUAAUUGUUCUUUUGACCAAUCAGAUCAUCUAUGAAAAAUAUCUGAUGUGAUUGGUCAAACGACCUAUUCCAUACUAUAACGGAUCGAUGAAAUGGCUCUACAUUGUAACUCAACACACUUAAACUGGUUAGAACUCCGAUACAGCAGUGUGUAGGAGAUGGGCUGUUCAGGUCAUAUGUUUUUCAGGUGUUCAUUUCUUUUUGUUACGUUUGUCGGAUCCAUAUUGUCAAUAAAGACAAUUACUAGCAA